UGAUGUUUAACAGUAUAAUCGUGUCUAGCUCUGAUCUGGGACCUGUAGCCGCGAACGAUUGGUUGGUUUUGGCGUGAAAGCCCGCCCCCUUUCGGUGUGUUUGGGACGAACGCGUAUUCCAUUGGUUUGUAAUAUGAAAGGGGCGUGGCAUACAGCAAGCGAUCUCGCCAGAAGAACGAGGAGGAUCAUGAAUCAGAUGAAAUCUGCAAUGUCUGCCACCUGUGUUACUAACAAGAGGAAAAUGUCCAAACUAAACCCACAAACACCAGAGGUUGUAAAGGAUUUGAGAAGAGAGGCUAAAGGUACCAGACUGGCCCCAUCAAAAAAUGAGGAAACAAGCUCCCAGAAAAUAAAGAGGACUUGCACCAAAAAAAAGUACCAUGACCUCCAGCCUGUGGUCCUGAGACCUACUGAGGAUUCAGACCAUGGGUCACCCUGUAGAUCAGCCAUCACUUCAAGUCCAGUCAAUGGUCUGGAAAGCCAACAUACACCUGCAGGCCACACAAGCUCUUGCGAAACAGUGGGAGAAAUGAACGAAUCUACUUCAGAGAUUGGUUUUGAGUUGAAGAGGAAACAGAAGAUGGAGGACUCUGGCCAGCCCUCCUUAAAAAAGUACAUUGAAGAAGUAAAGCAGGCAGUUCCUGUCAUAGUUCCUGUUGCUCAGUUCAUUCAGAAGCCAACCGGCCAAAAGCAAAAACCAUCUCCAUUGCCAAAAAAAGAGACACCUGUUUAUGCACCAGGAAGUCAGGAGGAGAGAUGGCAACUGCAGAUCUUGGCAAAGGGUAGAGUGACCUGUCCCAAAUGUAAAAGUGUUGGAAGAAAGACCGUUGACGGUUUAAAGAAGCACCUAGAAAGCUGCAAACUGAAUCUCUUUACAUGUCCACACUGUGGGAAACAACUGAAAACAUCAACUGGAAUGAAGUACCACCUCAUGGCUGACCACAACAACCUGCCUCUUCCAGACACCGGGAAUGACCUCGCUGACCAGGCUGUGAAGGAAAAGUUAAGAAAAGUUCUGAAGAGGAUGGGCAAGUUGAAAUGUUCAAAAGAGGGUUGCACUGGAAGCUUCACAAGUAUAAUGGGUUACGUGUACCACAUGAAGAAGUGUGGCAAAGAGGAGGCAGAGCUGAAAAAACUCUUAUUGAACUGUAAGCACUGUGGAAAAGCUUAUCGGUCCCGAGCCGGCCUGGAGUAUCACGUCAAAAAUGAGCACAGUACAACCCCCCAAGAAAGUGAAGAAGAGGAGGUGAUUCCCCAGAAAGAGCCCGUCCCAGAACGCACACAGAGCGGGCGGGUAAAACGCUUGUCGGCGCAGGUGGCCGUGUUCCACCUGAGGGAGAUCGCCAGCGAGGAGCUGGUGAAGGAGUGGCCCAAAAGAAAAGUCCAAGGCGACCUGGUGCCAGAUGACAGGAAGCUGAAGUACUCUCGUCCUGGGUUACCUGCUUUUAGUCAGGAUACUCUACGCAAGUGGAAGAAUGAAGUCAAACUUCAUAAAAAAGUGCAGUGUCCAAACAAGGGAUGUGGUUGCUUCUACACAAGUGUAUCUGGACUAAAAUCUCAUCUUGGGCUAUGUACUUUGGGUGAAUUUGAGACUGGAAAGUAUAAAUGCUUGAUAUGUAGGAAAGAAUUUAACUCUGAAAGUGGAGUGAAGUACCACAUCAAUUCCAUUCAUUCUCAGGACUGGUUUGUUGUAAGGUCUAAAGCUAAGAGUUCAAAAUUUGAUAAACUGCACAAGAGUCAUCCAAAGGAAGAUACCAUGAAGCAUUCUGACAUUCCUUCACCUAACUCAGACAUCAGUUUUUCUCAUGCACCCAAUGCUUGGCAAGACAGACAGACACCAGCGAGCGCCUCAUCAAGUGGAACAACAAAUCCAGGACUAAAAAUGAAGAAAAAGGUUGGUCGGAAGGAGAAACGGGGCAGGCAGCGUAAAGACUGCUAUGAGUUUAGUGGCAGUGACAGUCAGAGCAGCAGUAGUGAAUCCUCCAGCAGCGAGUCUGAGGCAGAAGACUCGGUGGCACGUAGACCCCACGAUUGGGCUCUAAGCAGGCCACUCACAAAAACUAGGUCCAACCAGCAACCCAGAAGCAAUCCAUAAACCCUCCCUGUUUCUUUUUUGACUAUUAUAUAUUGUCAUAUUUUCAUUUUCACUGCUGAAAGAGAAA